GUGCUCUGUGGAAGUGGCCGGGGCUGUAAUAGUUGGAGUCUGUUCUCGGGCCUGAGCCUCGAGGCCAGGCUCCUGGGUGUCGUUAAUGUUCGGGGCCGCCGGGCACCAACCGAUCGGAGCUCCAGCCGCCGGGAACAGCUGGCACUUCAGCAGGACCAUGGAAGAACUGGUCCACGACCUGGUGUCCGCGCUGGAGGAGAGCUCGGAGCAGGCCCGGGGCGGCUUCGCAGAGCUGGGGGAGCACGCGCGGAGCCUGGCCUGCCCGCUCAAGCGCCAGGCCCGCAAGCGGAGGGGCCGGAAGCGGCGGUCACACAACGCGCACCCGCCGUGGGACGCGGGGCGCUGCGUGAGCGAGGUCGACUCCAGCCAGGACGAGCCGGGCAAGGACUACCGGGACUGCCACGGCGGCAAGAAGGACCACAGCGACUCGGACGACCAGGUGCUGGUGGCCAAGCGCAGGCCGGCGUCCGUGAGCGCCGCGCUCGGGCGCGGGAAGCGGCCGCUGUGGCACGAGGCCGAGCUGGGUGCCGAUGCGCUGGCCGGCAGGACGCUGCGCAGGCGCAGGAAGGUGAAGCGCAUGGCCGUGGACUUGCCGCAGGACGUGUCCAGCAAGCGCGCCAUGACGCAGCCGCCUGACGGCUGCCGGGACCACGACAUGGACCACGACAGGGCCUGCCCCCUCCAGGACCUCCCCAGGGGCAAGGUGAAGAAGAGGAAGCUGAGGACCACCAGGCAGGGGCCGAAGACCCACGAUGGGGGAGUGGGCCUGGACAGCGAGGACACCAGCCGGGCCAGUAGGGACAAGAUGGACUACGAGGAGCAGAAGGUCUCCGACGAGCUCAUGAGUGAAAGUGAUUCCAGCAGUCUCAGCAGCACUGAUGCUGGUUUGUUUACCAAUGAUGAGGGAAGACAAGGUGAUGAUGAGCAGAGUGACUGGUUCUAUGAAAAAGAAUCAGGGGGAGCAUGUGGUAUCACCGGAGUCGUCCCCUGGUGGGAAAAGGAAGAUCCUACUGAGCUAGACAAAGAUUUCCCAGACCCUGUCUUUGAAAGUAUCUUAACUGGUUCUUUCCCCCUCAUGUCACAUCCGGGCAGAAGAGGUUUCCAAGCUAGACUCAGUCGCCUUCAUGGAAUGCCUUCAAAGAAUAUUAAAAAAUCUGGAGGGACUCCAACUUCAAUGGCUACAAACUGGACCAGUGAGAUUCCCCUAUAAACCAAAUCUUCUAAUGCUAAUAAAUUAGUUGCGUUUUGAACACCUGGGGAAUGACAUUCGAGGGAACCUGGCUCCUGUCCUCUUCCCUGGAGGAAUAUCAUUGAAGUGAGAGCCUCUUUGAUGCAAAGAUGGGGCUGUUUUUGCUGGAGGACUGGUAUUUCUCCUUUUAGUCAGAAGUGAACCUGAUUGGGGAGGCUUUUUAGAGAUCUAGGUUGGCCCAGGGUGGAUAGAAACUACUGUAAAUUUUAUAUAUUUUUCUCUUUUAUGAUUUUUUUUACAUUGAAUCCAUUUAUGUAUUACUUGCUUUGCCAAAAUGCUAACAAAAGAUAGAAAAUUGAAAACGUGCAGAUUUUAACCUAAGUAUUCCAUAAUGUUUAUAUUGUGACUGGUUAAGAAUUAAGUUUUACAUAUCUGACUGUUGUAAAUAAAAACCUGAUGCAUUGAUAACAUUUAUGGUUAACUUUUAGAGAAGCCUUCUAUAACCAGCAUUAUUUAAAAUAUUUGCAUUUUACUCAGGGUAUUUUAACAAGGGCUAAGAAAAGUAAUAGGUGAGGUUGAUAAAUCUUUGCUAGAGUUUGUAUGUUCAGUUUUCUUUCCACUUGGAUAAUCUGCUCUGUAUUGCAAACCAAUUGUAUUUUAUAGUAUAGUUUUCAUUGUAUUGCAGAAAUCAUCCUUUUUCUUACCUAGCCACAGUGAUAAUUAGUCUGCACUAGUAAAAUCAUUUACUAUUACACUUUAACUGUUCUAUUUGGUACUUGAAAUACAGCACAAUUAUUAUUUCGGUUUAGAGCUUAAUGAAAUCAUGUGAAACCUAGUAUUUUAGCAAGUACUGUGAGACUCUGAAUCAUAUUGUCAUUUCUAAAAGUGUGAGCUGGUUUUCCAUCCUCAGAAUGGCAGACCAUAUGUGUCACUAAGUUUCAGAAAUACUUGCAUGAGCUCAUUUUCACCAAGCAGGGGGAAUUUAACAUUUCUAUUGUUGGUAUAAUUUAAGCACUAUACUAAGUUCAGGCCAUUUGAGUUCUUUAAAAUGGUUAUAUUUAAAUGAUUAAUAUUUUUAUUAAGUUCCAAUAAUUGAUGAAGUCAAUGUGAUUUAAUAUGUGUAUUUUUAUAUUGUAUGGAUUGUCAACUCAGAUUUAAUGGAUAACUAAAUAUGAUUGGAAAAGAAACUUAAAGUUGACAUCGCCUUGACCUAAAGUCAUUGCAGUUGAAAGAUUUCAAUAAAUACAGUAAGCCGGAAUGUAUGACAUCUCCUCAUCUCCUUUUGGAUUACUUGUCUCAACUGGAUAGAUUAAAAAUGAAAAAGUGCAAUUUUGAGUUUCUUUACCUUUGCAUAUUUGAAGUGAUAUUUAAAGAUACAAUGAUGUGGUGUUUAGUCAUUGUAAGUAAGCUUGUUUGUGUUAUGUCUUUGCAGUAAAAACUCAUGUUUUUUUUUCUGAAUUGCAUAAAUGCUUUUAUUUUAUUUUGUAUAAUGAUCGUCUUUUAGUUCUGAAUAAGUCACUUUAAAACCUUGGCCUAUGAACUUUGCCUUACUAAUAAUGAAUCCAGAUGAAUGCUAUCUAGUUCUUGGUUCAAUUUUACCUAUUUUUAUUUUUGGUUCACUGCUUGCUUGAACAUAGCUGGGAUUUGUAGCCCAUUUUCUAGGCUUAUUGCAAUCUUACUGUGGUAUUUUAUAGAAGCUAUUAAAACUGAUAGGGUAGCUUCAUAGUAUCGAUGAUACAUGGCUUAACCUACUAAAAGCUACCUUCCCUCUCUAAAUUGUAAGAAGGUGAUUAAGUUUCACUUGGUGAAGAUACACUCACUAUAUAUGUGUGUUUAUCAUGGAACCUAGUGCAUUAGGCCAUGAAGUGUUUCCUGGCCUACGUUUUUGUAUUCAAAAUUUUGCUGAAGACAGUGGACUUCUUCAGGUUUUCUUUCUUUCAGUCCUGAAUUGUCCUUAUUUGAAUUUUUAAGUAGUGUAAUUUUUUUUUCAAUAAAAUCUCUGAUUUGGGCAAGAACAAUAAGAGUCCCAGUUUGUGCUGAUAAUUUUCUAUGCUAAGUUUUUGUUUUGUUUUUGCUAAUGUCAUAUAUAGCUAACUAGUUUUAAAAUCAUGUCACUAAACAGUCAUCUUUAAAGGCAGUAUCUGUUACUUCCCAUAAUAAGAAAUGAAAUUUAAUUACCUGACACUUUCACACUGGAAAUUGCUUUUAAGAAAGAUUAAUUUGCUGAGCAAAGUCAAACACAUGUAGCUGCAGCCCAUCAAACAAAAUGGCAACAAAGGUUUUUUUAAGUAAAAAAAGUGAUGGCUGCAUAAAUAUAGUAGUGUCAUAUAUUUGAAGGAAAUGAGAACAGGAAAUUCUUUAUAAAAUAUCAAUAUGUACAUUUUAUGAGGAAGUUUCCAGUCAGUUUUCAUUAUUUGGCCUAAGUAUGUCCUUUGAAGUCACUGUAAACAUUGAAUUAGGGGACAGUGGACCAUCAUCCUAACAGAAAGAUAGGAUUAGGUUCCUGUGAGCCUCCAGUCACAACAUAUUCAUCAAUUGAAUACAUAACCUAGUUUUAAGUAUGUGUUAGUUUUAUUUUCUUUGUAUUGUUCAUUGAUUGACAUUGAACUCAUGGCACUGUAACUCAGUCCUGAACAAAGCGUAGGUAAAACAUUUUUUUACUAAGUCUCCAUAUGUCCUACUUUGAGCUUAGUAAUGCCAAAUUACCCUUCUGAGCACUGUGCUUGUGGCCGUUGAAAAUAGUGAAAUCACCAUAAACCUGGCACUGAAUAGACGGCAAAAGGACACUUGUUUCCAGUAUGAGAGCUGAGAUGAGGAACAGUGUCACCUUGUUCACCUCAGCUGGGAACAUACGUGUAUGUCAGUGAUUGACCUUCUUCACUACUGUGCACAUGUCCUUGAUUGACUGCAAAAGUUCUGUGAGUGUGGAUUUUGGAAUUACAAAUAAAUUUUAGCCAGUAGUCAAAUUUGCAAAUUUGGAAUCUACAAAUAGAAAUGAGGAUUGUGUUUAGUUGUGUGGCUAGCAAAGAGGUAUUUGAGAUUGUGAAGUCAGAUCUCUGUGAAUCCACACUCUGGUUCUCUUUUUACUGAGAAUUACAUUUUGAACCUCAGUUUCUUCCUCUGUUAAAUACAGAUAAUACUUUUCAGAAGAGUUGUCACAUUUAAAUGAUAUUGUAUACAUAAUGGGCCCAUUUUUGGCACAAUCUUUAAACACAGUAGCUGGUGACUUAAAUUACAUUUUAAUCACAAGUCAUUGUGC